AUGACCGAGAUUUUUAGGUCAAAAGUUGGGGAAAAAAUCUACCCGUUACAGGCAGGUUUUGUUGUACGGGAGCUCGUUAUAAUGUAAGUUUGGCCCGGACUAACAAGGGAAGUACACCAAGUACAAAGCUCAGAUUUUCUUUAAUUUUUGCGCACACGUUGGGCAUGAAAUAAAUAUCAAUUCUUGAAAGUUUAAGCUCGCGCUUUGCAGGCGCAGUCGAGAUAUUGAACGAUUUUUGCCGCCGACGAGAGUACACUAAACGUGGAGAGCGGUCAGAGAGAAGAACGCUUUUUGACCAUAACUUUUCCAGUUCCGUGCGGAAAAAAAAGAUUUUUUGUAGAAACAUUACACUCUACGGUAGAAAUAGGUAUGAAACUUUUCGUGCCGAAAUUCGGCAAAAAGUGUUAAAUUUUCGCCAACUUUCGAUCUAAAAAUCUCGGUUGUUUCUGCAAAGCGCGAGCUAGGAUUAUCGCAUAUAUAUUAGAAAAAAUAUUCUAAUCUUGUGCAUUGUUUCAUCAAAAUCUGAGCGUCGCUCUUGGGGCUUCUUCCUUGUAAACCGAUUUACUUCUCUAACAGUAAGCAUUGACUUUCAAAUUUCAGCUACAUUUUCUUCUGCCUUGGCCGCUUCAUUGCCGGCAUUGGAGUGGGCAUUGGGUUUGUUUCGGCUCCGAUUUGCAUCAAAGACAUGACCGAUUACCAUCAACGUCCCAAGAUGUUCUUCACCGCAGCUGUGAUUUUCUCGGGAAGUGCAAUUUUCUCAUCGUUUCUGCCGUUCCUCAAAGGCAUUCAUUACUCAACGUUCUGUUUUUUGAUCACUUCACCCGCAUUUAUCAGCUGUAUGUUGUACUACAAGUACCGAGAGCUCUACGUGGAGCCCAUCAAAGAGGAAUUCGAUGGGGAAGAGGAGAUGGAAGUGCAGAACUAUGCACUUUUUAAUCCGAAAUUCAUGGCGUUUGUGUUGAUGGUCAUUAAUGCGGUGAGUUUUUUUUUGGAAAAGGGAAAGGCUUGAGACGAUCAGAUUUUUAGGGGGUUAAGAUUAAUUUUUUCUUGCAGGUGAAGUACCCCAAGUGCAACGUUCAGAUUUUGAUUAAACUUGGCACAAAUUUAGAAUAAUUUUUUCUAAGACAUAUGCGAGAAUCGUAGCUCACGCGUUGCAGAAACAACCGAGAUUUUUAUGUCGAAGGUCGUCGAAAAGUUGACACUUUUUGCUGAAUUUCGGCACAAAAAUUUUCAUACCUAUUUGUACCGUAAAGGGUAACGUUUCCACAAAAAAUUAAUUUUUUCCACACGAAACUAGCAAAGUUAUGGCCAAAAAAUGUUUUCCCCUCUGAUCUCUCGUUUUUUGUACUCUUUCGGCGACAAUAUCUCGGUGCCGCUUGCAAAGCGCGGGCUAAAACUUUCAGGAAUCGACGCUUAGGUAUGCCCGACGUGUAUGCAAAAUUUAAAGAAAAUCUGAGCGUCGCACUUGGGGUACUUCCCUAGUUAGUAAUAUUAGCGAUCUCUAGAUUGAGAUUUGCAGAGAAAAUCAAAAAUUUUUCUCAGUUUGUCGGGAAAAUAAUGUGGAUUUGUCGCAGCAAAAUCUCCCGGGUUGGCGCAGUCGCCCAUCAAAUUUCCAGCAUUGGAGAGUCGUUAAAAAGCCAUGAUGGACGAUUCCAAAGCAUGACGAAUCCACAUUAUUUUCCCGACAGGCUGAUUAUUGCAAAAGAAGCAAUAAUCAGACUUCUACACUCCUGCAAAAAUCAUCAUUAUUUCAUAGCCAAACUGGCAAGGAUAUGGCUAAAAAGUGUUUUUUCUCUAACCGCUCUCCGCAUUUUGCCUACUCUCUGAUUAAUAAAGAUUGUUCGAUAUCUCGGCUUCGCAUGCAAAUCCAGAGCUAAAAUUUUUAGUAUUUGAUAUAUCGUCUAGGCCCAACGUAUCUACAAAAUUUAAAGCAAAUCUGAGCGUUGCACUGGGAACGCUAGAAAAUCGAAGAAAACAUUUCUGACCAAAAAAUAUCUCCAAUUUUCGCUAUAACUCAUUUUCAGACCAUUGGAGUGCCAGUGAUUCUCUCCUACUCCUCCGUAAUCUUCACCGAAAUGCAUAUUGCUCCUCACAAAGCCGCUGUACUCUCACUUGUUUACCCGUUAGUUCAAGUCUUCUUUUUGUUCGCUGCGAGCUCCUUGCAGGGGCAGAUAAGCCGAAGGACAACGGUAAUUGUCGGCUACGGCAUCUGUCUUGCAGCAUUCUUUGCACUCUUGUUGACACAGGUGAGAAGUUCUUUUGGGCAGAUUUUUACAUAGUUUGAGCAUACGGUCUCUACAACGAAGUUUCCCACAACAAAAACUGUACAUAACAAACAAUUUUUAAAGUUGAAAAAAAUGUUUCAAAAGUCAAUCCAAGGCAAAAAUAAGCCUUUCUACAACAAAACCCUUCUAUAAAAAACAAUUUUUUGGGCUCUUUCUGGUUUUUGCACAGCAAAUUAACAGUUUGUUUUUUCAAAAUUUAGUUUUAAAUUUUCAGCACUUCCACACCCUCGACCACAACCCGCAAGUCAAGGCCAUGGCCAGCGCGUUCUGGCUGAUAAUGUUGGCCGGCCUGAUGGCGGUCCCUUGCAAUUCCGGUCUCUGUAUUAUUAGCGGUAAGUGAGUGAUAGCAAAUUUUUUCGUGCUUGUGACCGAAAAAAUAAACAAAUAUCGGAAACCGAAAAUAAGAGUUGCGUCAAAGAAUUCCUUUGUAAUUAAAAUAGAUUCGGCCGAUAAUUUGGGCGUGUGUAGGUGGACGAAGACGAAGAACGUGAUCUGUUUUGAAUUGCAAGAACUUUGGAAAUGUUUUGAAAGAAUUUCAAAGAAAAUAGAGUUUGAGGAGUGAUAAUUGAAACUUUAAAUUUGAAAACAAUGCGAAGUUAAUAAUGAAAUUUUUACUUGAAAACAGACCUUUUCGGAUAAUAACAAUGUUUAGAAAACUAUCAAUAACAAGACCUUGAGCUCUAAGACAGCAAAAUGAAAAAAUACAGUUAAGAAUUCCGCACAACGAGGGGCAUAAAAAACAUAAUUUGGAAUAGAAGUGUUUUGCUGUUUGGAGGUUUGGCCUAACAAAUUAACUGACAAGAGAUGUAUAUACCCCAUGUGCGACGCUCAGAUUAUGCUGAAACAAUGCACAAGUUUAGAAUAUUUUUUCCUAAAAUAUAUGCGAGAAUGCUGGCUCGCGCUUGUCGAAACAACCGAGAUUUUAUGAUCGAAAGUCGACGAAAAUUUAGGACUUUUUGCCGAAUUUCGGCACGAAAAGUUGUAUACCUAUUUCUCCCGUAAAGGGUAAUGUUUCCGCAAAAAAUCAAUGUUUUCCGCACGAAACUGGCAAAGUUAUGGCCAAAAAGCGUAUUUCUCUCUGACCGCUCUCCGCGUUAGGCGUACUGUCUGAGCUCUAAGACAGCAAAAUUAAAAAACGCAAUAUUGUGUACAAUGAAUUGCUAGAGACAACAAAUUUUUCGUUAUAGAAAGAUUUGCGAACGAAGAGUUCCAUUUUGGCCAGAUGUUGACGUUGAAGAUUUCAAAAAUUGGUGACUGAAGAAAAGUUUUGCUGUGUUUCUUUGAACAUAUGCUUCGCUUUUACUCGAUCCACGCCAAUUACAAUAUCACAGCUCUAAAAACUGUUUUGUCCUGAAACUUACUUUUUUAUGUUAUUUUUUUCAACCAUUAACCUAAAAAUUUAGUACAAAGCUUUUUGAUAAGUUCGUCAGAAAGGCGCAAUGGCCCAGGCCGGCAAUUUGAGUUUGCUGAAAAAAGGGUAGAAAGUGUAGGAACGAACAAAAAAAAGACGAGCUAUAGGUGUAGGAAUGACGUAAAAAUGUGCUAUAAGUGCACUUAAUGACCCGACAUUGUCCAAAUCUGAGAGCACGUCAGACUGAGAUGAGCUAAUUUUGGUCGGUGAAAUGAAACAUGAGCCAUUUUUUGUGACAACAUGCGUAUUUUACAAUUCGAUUUUUUAUGCAAAAAAGCCUAUGUAUAACAACGACUGCAUCUUUUGUAUCUUAAUUACAGUCUAUUUGUUUGUCGGGGAAAUAAUGUGGAUUUGUUGCAGAUGUCUCGCCUCACCACAAUCGCGUACCAAAAAAAUUUCCAGGCCGUCGCCAAGACAUGACGGGCGAUUCCAAGCCGCGACAUAUCCACAUUAUUUUUACGACAGACUGAUAUCGCAGUUUUUGAAUUUAAAUUUUCAAAAAUUUCAGAGUUGUUCUGCACCCGCUACUCUUUGUUCCGCGGCGUUUCGUUCUCUCGAGCCGUUUUUUGGUUCCUCUCGGCUGUCAUGUAAGUUUGAUAACAAUUACUGGUCGCUUGUAACCGACCUGUUUUUAUGUCAAAAUAUUUGUAUUUUCCCACAAUCUUUUUAUCACUUUCCAGCAGCGGAACUUUUCUCUGGCUCCUGGAAAACGGAACUCUCUUCACCGCUCUCCUGCCGUCCUUUGUUGUCGCGUCGAUUUGCUUCGUUUAUUUGUACAUCUUGUUGCCGGAGGACGCAGAACAACGGGGGCGGCUAGGGAGCCCCAUGGUGGCGAGUGGAUACGGAACUGUUGGCAUAAUGUAUUAG